AUGGAUCGGCGACCGGGGCUCCAGGCUCUAUGGGUCCAGAUGGAGAAUAAUCGUGUCGCCGCCUUGGGCGGCCGCUCAUUUGUCCCGCCAUCCAGCCUACCCACUAUCUUCACACGGGCUGCCGUGGCCGCCGCGGUCAGGGAGCUGGCAUGCUCCACAGAAGAUCGCAUCGGACUGACUGACGAUAUCUUGCGCGAUGGCGUGCUGACCUUUGCUAUGCUCAUCUCGAUCCGACAGCCAGACCACGUCGUGGCCUUUCGCCGCAUGCGCUGCCUCAACCGCCGGCCUCUCGAUGAGGAAAAUGCCAGGAAAUUGCUAGGCGACCAUGCCCCCAGCUUUUUGCGCGAGCAAUGGGUCUUUCAGCCCUACUACUUCCGACGAGGCCACGAUGUCGAGAUUGCUCCGCUCGAGAUUCUCCCCUUUAUCCGCAGCGUUGACUCGCAGACAUCGGGGGGCUUCGGGGACAUUGACAAGCUCGAGAUACAUCCGGCCCUGCAGGACUUCUACCCCAGCGCGACAGGGGGUGUGCUUGUCGUCCGCAAGACGCUCCGCAGGGUCGCGACUGUCUCGGAAGAGCGCCGCAUGGCCAUGUAUCAGAACGAGAAGCGCUGCCUCCGCCUCAUCAACCACCCGCCCCACCCGCAUAUCGUCCCGCUCCUCAGCGCCUACGUCUACGAGGGCAACUGCUGCAUGCUUUUCCCAUUACUGGAGAUGGAUCUGAAAGCCUUCUUAGAGCGCCCCACACCGUACGGCCGCUUUCGCUGGAGCUUCACCUACUUCUCCGCUCUCUGCGGCCUUGCGUCGGCCCUCGCCCAGGUCCAUAAUGUCCAAGUCUCUCUCGAGGGCGACCAUGUCGACCUCGAGGGCAUAGGCUACCACCACGACCUACGGCCUGCCAACAUACUCGUCAAUGCGCACUCGUUUCUGCUCGCCGACUUUGGCAUGGGGCGCAUUAGAGUGGCGGACGAUGGCUCGGAAACACCGUUCAAGGCUCUUUCGGGGGAUUAUGUGGCACCGGAGUGUAUGGACGAGAGAAGUUUCGCUGGCCUCGGAGUAGGGCGGGCAGUCGAUGUUUGGGCAUUUGGCUGUCUCGUGCUCGAGGUCAUGGUGUAUAGCUACUUGGGCACCUCGGGCCUGACACGAUUUCGACAAGAGAGGUUGACCCCUGGCCCCUCCGGAUUCAUCACCGACACUUUCUUCCACGACGGCCGAGGCAAUAUCAAGCAAGUCGUGAAGGAAUGGAUCGACGUGGUGGCCGCACAAGGUCACUCAACCGUAGGCGUGCUGCUCCAGCGUCUAGCGCUGUCGACCCUCAAGCCUGUCCAGGAACGGCCCACAUCCUCCAUGGUCUGUCGUUGUCUUUCCCGUAUCAACUUGGAUGCACACUUCUCAGCUGCAUACGACAUUCUAGCAGCUACAGUGGACGAAGAAGCGCGGACUGAUGAUCGCGGAUCGUUGAUGAAAAUGUGGUUCGAGCGAGAGCGUCUCCAUGCGUUUGGCGUCGUUCUGGGACUCCUCACCGAGGCUACAGAGCUUGCCAUACCGAAGUUCGCAGAGCUUCAUGGGGAAAAGUGCGUUCAAAUUCUACUGGAAAUCUUCCAAAAACUGUCGAGACCCCCAGGGUCUGGUGAACACGUCGAGACCAGCAGCCGUCUUGAGCUCGGUGUGGCGGAGGAGACUAUGGAUCAGCUCACGGUGGAGCCGGGCGACAACGGAGAGACCCUACUUGAGGACGAGAUUCAGCGGCUAGUCCAGGAUCUUUGGUUUCUCCUCUCGAGCAUGGAAUCCCGCAAAGCAGAAAGACUGUGGAUCCAUUCCAUGCUCGACGCGACCAGUUGUGUAGAGAAGCUCGACCGGAUGGGGCAAGUCUUAAGAUCACGGAGACCUGCUGCGUAUCAGCAAAGUGCAGCCAUGGUUACGAUGAAAAAGAUUCGUCUCCAGAUGGUGAAUGAAUUGACUCAAGAGGGCGACCUGGGGAGACUGGAGCUGCAGGGCGACGACAUCCCCCAGGUGGACGAUCAAGCUGCACUGGGCCAUCUGAUGGGUGUCGACAGGCACGGCGAGCGGGUUUUCGUCGAGGUUGUUCACUACGACCCGAGCUGGGACAGGAUCCCACCAGCAGAACGCACGGUCGUCAUGGCCCAGAAGGCGAUGGGCUUCAAUGCGAAGCCCAAACCAUCAAACCUCCGUGUGCUUGACUGUGUCGGAUUCUUCGAGAAUGGGAAUAGCAGCGGUAGUGCAGGAUUCUCAUUCGUCUACCAAUUUCCCGAGUCGAUCCGGACGCCUGACUCAACGCCUUCUCAGGGACAACGAGCCCUGAUGACUCUUCAUCAACUACUUCUGCUGUCGGCGAAGAAGAUGAGGACAGAUCAACAUUCCACUCAGCCCCUUCUCGGCGACAAAUUCCGGCUGGCAAGCCUACUAGCCGGGUUUCUAGGCGAGUUUCAUGGCAUUGGAUGGCUGCACGAGAACCUGCACUCCAACAAUGUUGUCUUCUUCGAGUAUGAAAAGGAUGUGGAAAACCACGGUAUAUCUGCCGCCACGAGCAGCACCCUCUGCCAGCCCUUCGUCGUCGGGUUGGACAAGGUCCGACCUGGAGGUGAGUCAUGGCAUACACAGGGACCUGCGGAGCAUACUGACUUUCCGGACUAUCGUCAUCCUGACUACCAGCACACGGAGCGCUUCCGCGUCGGUUACGACUACUACAGUCUCGGGAUCAUGCUCCUCGAGAUUGGCCUGUGGACACCACUAGUCGCCAUCGCAGGCCGGAACCAGUUCUCUACCCUGUCGCCGCAUAAGUUGCGUGCCAUGCUAGUUGAUCGCUAUCUUCCACGGCUUGGCUACAGGAUGGGGUUCACAUAUCAGGCUGUUGUGGACCGACUACUCUCCGAUAAACUGGACCCGGAGCCAAGGCGGCAAGUGCCAGACGCGGUCGCCGAGAGCAAAGCAUUUUCAGCAUUCAUGAAACAAGUGAUCGAUCCGCUGGAACAGCUGGCCAAUGGGAGUAUAUAA